AUGUUCGUUCGUCGAAUUUUAUUCGCACCUAGAGAAUGUGCAUUACUCAAGAACUCCGUUCACCGAAAUAUCUAUUUAGCGCCUUUUGGGAGGCCUCUUGAUACUACCUUGGGUCGCAAUGCCUUCCAUUAUUUCAAUAGGAAGCUUGAACAACAAACCGCAUCCCCUGAGCUAGGGAAACCGUUGGCUCAACAAGGAAAGAUAGAGCCAUCCAGGGGAAAACGGACAUCACGAUCCCCUGCUGGGAAGACAUCUUUACGACGUGCAGCUGUUGAAGCGCAAAUAUCUAAAGAUGUCAGGCGGCAGCCGGUAUCACCGGAAAUACUCUCACCGGAGCCAAAGGUUGUCACUGCAUACGCUGUUGCCGAACGGUUCGAUAUUGCCAAAGUUAUGGAAAUACUUCUAGCGAAGGGAUAUGAGCCAGAUCCUCUGGAAACCGGGCUUUACCCACAAGUUGUCCAUAUCCAAGUUCCGCUUGAUUCAAUACGGCGGACUACAAGCUUAGCAUCAUCAGAUCUACCUCCUGACGAGGUUGGGGAUGUGUUUGUAUUCCCCUCGGGGACUGUUGUAUCGUGGUCACUUCCGGAGAAUUUCGCGUCAUAUCUAGCUACCACAGUGCUACUACCAGCUGCCGAAAAUCCGCACAUAGAACGGAUAGAGACGGAAGAUCUCGAUUAUGUUGAAGAUCCUCAGAGAGACAACAGCUUAAUGAAAGGCGAUGUAAUCAUCUUGGGCACACAUCCUGGCCCCGAAGACCAGAGGCUGCAAGACAGCCGAUCCGCGAAUCGAUCUUCAGUCGACACGGUACUCACAAAGAUCGCAUUUUCCUCAGGUCUUGCUCGGAGUACGAAGUUGGCAGUACUGGAGAGCUUGUUACUAAAUUAUUUUGAUUCUACCCGAAAUAUACCCACACAGCUAUCAAAGGGAUCUCGAUUACCGUAUACACGCAGUUUCAUAUUACGCAAAACAGGUCAACUACUAAGUCUAAGGGCACAGUUGAACCUUUAUUCAGAAUUAACAGACUCCCUACCAGAUAUCUUCUGGGAUAGCAGACACGAGCUUGGGUUGGAAGGGAACUAUGACCAAGUCGGAAAAGCACUAGAUGUUGGAAUCCGGAUCAAGGUGUUGAACGAGAAAAUGGACUACGCGCAAGAGAUCGCCAGUGUGCUGCGUGAGAGACUGAGUGAAACUCAUGGGCUCCGGCUGGAAUGGACUAUCAUUCUCUUGAUUGCGGUGGAGACUUAUUCAACAUUUCUACAUAAGCGGUGGAUACUGGCUUAG